UAAUAGUAUAUAUAUAUAUAUUGUUUCUUCAACGGUUAUUUUCGGACGGAAAAUAGUAGGAGUAUUUUGAAAUGGAAAAGAGAUGUACUAUAGAGAAAGGCUACGGAUUGGUGUCCUCUCGCCGGCGCCGGUAUCCUCUUUUCAGGUCAACCACGGCCGAUACAACGGGCAGACUGGUGAAGCCGGUCGAUCGCCGGCCGAGCGCGUAGGCAGGAGCUGGACGCGGAGAUGGAGGCCGCUCUUCUGAGCGGCACCAUGAAAGUUAUGCUGCCGAAGCUCUUCUCGCUGGUUGAGAAGAGCUGGAAUCUGCACAAGGGCAUCAAGAGGGACAUCAAGUUCCUCGAGAAGGAGCUCGGCAUGAUUCUCCGUUCCAUCGACGCUGAGCUCAGCGCGGGCGCGGCGAACGAGGAUCGUGGAGCCGUACUGCUCCUGUCGAUGGAAGAAUUGCGCGAACUGGCGCACGGGAUAGAGGACUGCAUCGACCGCCUCGUGUAUCGCGCGAGCUGGAAGCAGCAGUCCUCCUUGCUCCGCCGGCGGCUACAGUCCCCCAAGGCGCUCCUCACCGGGCUGCAGUUCGCCGAGAAGCUGCAGAGGAUGAAGCAGCUGGUGGCGGAAGCGCACGAGCGGAGGCAGAGGUACCCUGUCCCCAGGCCCAGCCAGGCCGCCUCUGCUGCCCAGGCGGACGGGUCACCCUCCUCUGCUUCUUUCGAUCCGCGCCUCACGGAUGCGGAUCUGGUCGGAGUCGACGAGACCCGGGCCAAGCUCCUGGAGCAGCUGGCGGCGGCGGCCGAGGGGCAGCCGAUGCAGCUGAAGGUGGUCUCCAUCGUAGGGUGUUGGGGUUCGGGGAAGACCGCUCUUGCCGCGGAUGUGUACAGGAUCCAGGCCGGCAGCGAGAGAUUCGACAAGCACGCGUGGGUUUGUGCCGCCCUCAGGAGCCCGGGGGAGGUGCUAAUGGACCUUCUCAGAGGAUUUAGCUCCGACGACCACUCUUGUCUGGGAAAUGUGCUGAAUACCUCCAAUGUCGGGCAGCUCUGCGUACAAGUCAGAGAAAAGUUGGUGAAGAAGAGAUAUUUCAUUGUUAUCGAUGACCUUCAAACACAAAAUCAGUGGAAGAUCAUCAAAUCAGCGUUCCCAGAUGACAAUGAUGGUAGCAGCAGAGUUGUGGUGACGACGACUAUUCAGUCAGUUGCUAAUGCAUGCAGCUCUGAUAACGGUUAUGUGCACAAAAUGAGUAGACUUGAUGAGAAAUGCUCAAAGGAAUUAUUCUCCAAGAAAGCUUGCCCAGAGAAAUAUUCACAAUACAAACAGCCUGAUCCGACAGCAAUCCUGAAGAAAUGUGACGGCCAGCCCCUUGCUCUUGUCACAAUAGGCGAAUUCUUGCAAUCAAAUGGUUGGCCGAGAGGACCUGCCUGUGAAGAUGUAUGCAACAAUAUCGGCUAUCAUCUCGAGACCGAAGAGACAUUUGAAAAAAUGCGUCGUGUGCUGAUGCGUAACUACGCCAAUCUGCCUGGUCAUGCACUCAAAGCAUGCUUGCUAUAUUUCGGUAUAUUCCCGAGUGAUAAUCCUGUCAGGAGGAAAAGUUUGUUGAGGCGAUGGUCAGCUGAGGGAAUCAUAGAAACACAAGAUUCAUGUGAUGCCUUGACUCUAGCAGCUAAAAAUUUCAACAAACUUGUGGACCAGAACUUCAUUGAACCCAUCGAUGUAAGCAAUAACAAUAACGUGAAGACUUGCCAAACCUACGGCAUGAUGCGUGAGUUCAUUUUGCAGUUGUCCAUCUCUCAGAACUUCGUGACUUUGUUUUGUGAUGACAAGAAAGAGGAAAAAUAUGUCCGUCGGCUUUCUCUCCAUCAUAAAAAUGCUAAAGAUGGUGACAGUUUCAAGAAUAUUGAUUUAUCACUUGUUCGAUCUCUAACAAUCUUCGGGAAGGCAUGUAAAACUGUACUAGACUUCAGCAAGUAUGAACUGCUGCGAGUCCUGGAUCUUGAAAAAUGUGACGACUUGAAGGAUGAUCAUAUCAAAGGCAUAUGCAACCUGCUUCUGCUGAAGUAUCUGAGCCUUGGGGGCAGUGUUACUGAACUUCCAGAGGAUAUUGUAAAACUGGAGCAUUUGGAGGCACUUGAUGUGAGGAGAACGAAGGUAAAUAUACUGCCGGUGGAGGUUUUCUUGUUGCCCUGUUUAGUGCACAUAUUGGGAGAGUUUAGGCUUUCAGGCAAAGUCUACAAAAAGAGUGUUUUCCUCAAAAAGAAGACAGGAAAUGAAGUACAGAAGUUUCUCUCAGAAGGAAAAAGUAACAUCGAAACUCUAGCAGGAUUUGUCACCGAUGGGAGUGAUGGGUUUCUUCAUCUUAUGGGUCAUAUGAAUAGAUUGAGAAAGGUGAAGAUUUGGUGUAAGCCAUCUGCAAGUAGCACUGACUGGACUGAUCUUACGAGGGCCAUUCAACAGUUCAUUCAGGACAAGAAGGAUGAAAAUAAGGACACUACACGUUCUUUAUCCCUUAAUUUUGAUGAAUGCUCUAAAAAUUUCCUAGAUUUGGUAAGAGGACCCUGCUACCUCAGUUCUCUGAAACUACAUGGCAGCUUAACUGCUUUGCCGAAGUUUUUUGUAUCACUUCGGGGUCUCAGGGAGCUGUGUCUUUCUACUACUACUAAACUUACAACCAGUGUUCUUGAAGCUCUGAGUAAUUUGAGCUACCUGCAGUAUUUGAAACUGAUUGCCCGUGAUAUUGAGGACUUCGUCAUAGAAGUUCAGGCACUGCCCAGGCUUCUAUGCCUUUGUUUUGAGCUGCAAAAUCCGACAUUCCCAACAAUCAAACAAGGAGCUAUGUGUUUUCUGGUCACGCUUCAGCUUCUUUGUAAAGAUAUAAAUGGCUUUUCUGGCAUCAAUAUUGAAUGUUUCGAACACCUUGAGGAGGUCAUCCUUCAUCCUAAAGUUAGCCUAGAAACCCAGAAACUAUUUGAGAAGGCCGCCGAAGAGCACCCGAAUGGUCCAAAAAUUGUGUUGCUCAAAUCUGGUGAUGAAGCAGAAGCAGAAGCAGAAAGUUCAAAUGAUCGACUGAACCCAGCAUUCAGUAAUAUGGGGAUUUCAGAGAUUUCUCCUGCUUUAAAUGAGUUGCCGAGCGGCAUUGUAGUGCCUUAAUCCAGCAUCCGGCGUAUGGUAUUGCUGGAACGUGAUCUGCACAGUGUAAGCUAUGUUCCGUACACAUUGGUGCCUGUCGUAAAGUUCACCAAUCACCACGGUGCACCGUCCGCAGUUUCAGAAUUCCUCCAGCCGAGCAUAACUAUGGUCAAUUUUUUCUUUUUUGGUUGGGGACUGACUUUUGCACAUGGAACGGUACAUACAGUUGUUGUAUAAUCUUCCCGUACAUGAAUAACAGGGUAUAUGAACAUGUCGUGUCCUCCAACGCAUGCCUGUAAUUUUGCGUGAACUUCAAUUUGCCACUCCGAGCAGCGUGCAAGAGCAUGCCAUUUCUGAA